GAUUUCCCACCCACUUCAAUAUUCCAUUCCAUGAUCCUCUCAACUAGCAAAUUGCAUUGCUUUCCUUCUCCAUAAAAUAUUACUAACAUACUCACAUUUUACAUUUACUCAACCAACCAUAUACCACCUUAGCUUGCACCAGUUUUUAGACACAAGACUCAGUCUCUCUUUAUCUCUCUCUCUCACACCCACACUCUUGUUUUUCUCUCUCUUACUUCUCAUUUUCCACCGCCUUAGAAGCAGAUUUCCCAACUCGGUGGGUUUUCUUUUUCAUAUUCAUAUUCAUAUUAUAAUAGAGUAUUGCAACUACCACCUUCUCAAGCUAGCUUGGUGCAUGCAAUUUCUGUUUCAUCAUCAAACAGAAACUCAUUCACGGCGGUUAUAGGUGAAGCCAGCCAGCAAAGCAACCGGUGAUUGUUAUUCGGGAUAUUGAGCUGAGUAACGGAGACGGCGACGACGACGGAGAAAAGUGAUUCGCACGUGUGUACGUGCAAAUUAACAAGCGAGAUUGUUUGUAAUUGCAAGUGCAGGUUCGUUUGGGUUGGUGGUUAAAAAAAAAAAACAGUUAGAGAUCAUCACGGUUAUUUUGUGAAACUCUCAACAAGAAAGAAAAGGAAUGCCUCACAGAGCAACUUACUUUUUUCCUAGGCAAUUUCCAGAGAAAAGGUUCGAUGAAUCUUCAAAGAGUAGUACAUUAGAUCACGAGAAGAAAAAAUCUCCAGUCAAAUCUACGGAUACGACUUUUUGCACUGAAAACGACGUGCCGAAAAGUUCAAACACUCCUACCAAAGUCAAUCUCGCAAAAAACUCUGCGGUUUCGGAACUUGGUAAAAAGUUUCGAAAUGAACAGAAGCAAAUUGCAGCGUUUUGUGAUUGGUUGGUUGAUAAAAGACACAGCCAUCAUCACCGCCGUCAUCGUCAUCAUCAACACCAGCAUCAUCAUCAGCGUCACCGAUCAGAUCAUAUUCUACAUGAAGAGGACGAGGAGGAUCGUGAGCUUCUGCUUCCGGAUUCAGAGAAGGUGUCUUCGCCUGAUAAGGAUGUUGUUGAUGUUGAUAGAAGGUUUGAAAGGGAGGCUUCGUUAUCUAGAUUGUCGAGUGGAAGCAGUUACGCGACGAGUUUGUUUGCUUCAGAUGUUACCGUUACUGCUACAUUCUCAAGUGAUGAUAUUACAAAAGAAGAUACGUCGUCGUUUCGAGUUUCUACUAAUGAAGUUACAAGAAGGAACAAACAGGAAGAAGAAGAGGAACAUCAUGAAGAAGAAAAACUCAACGAUCAGAAGAACUACGCUAAGGAGUGUAAAGAAAGCUAUGAACUACAAACAGCGUUGGCGAAGAGGCUUUCUUUCUUAUCAACCUUUGGUUCAGAACCGGUUCUCACUUUUGAUACUGGAUUGGAAACCUGGGAUGUUGAAUCAGUUUCUCGUCGUUUAUGGGUGACAGGGUGUUUGUCGUACACUGACAAGAUUGCGGAUGGAUUUUAUAACAUAUUGGGAAUGAAUCCGUAUUUGUGGGUUAUGUGUAAUGACAUGGAGGAAGAAGGGAAUUUCCUUCCUACAUUGAUGGCGCUUAAAGCGGUUGAACCCAAUGAGAGUUCUUUGGAAGUGAUUCUUAUUGAUAGACGCGAGGAUUCUCGUCUACAAGUACUUCAAGAUAAAGCUCAAGAGUUGUAUUCUGCUUCUGAGAAUGCCUUGGUGCUCGUUGAAAAGCUUGGAAAACUUGUUGCUAUCUUUAUGGGGGGUUCCUUCCCUGUGGAGCAAGGAGAUCUGCAAAAAAGGUGGAAGAUGGUUAGUAAGCGGUUGAGGAAUUUUCAUCAGUGUGUUGUGCUUCCAGUUGGUAAUUUGUCCACGGGACUCUGUAGGCAUCGCGCAAUUCUCUUCAAGAGAUUGGCGGAUUAUAUAGGUUUGCCAUGCCGCAUUGCUCGAGGUUGCCGGUACUGUGCUUCGGAUCAUCAAUCCUCUAUUCUUGUGAAGAUCAAAGAUGACAGGCAACUGUCAAGGGAGUAUGUUGUGGACCUUGUUGGGGAACCGGGAAAUAUUACCGGGCCAGAUUCCUCAAUUAAUGGAGCAUAUGUGUCUUCAACACCUUCUCCAUUUCAAAUUUCUCAUUUGAGAAAAUCUCAAUCGCCCUACGUGGAUGAUGCAGCAUCUCCUCAAGUUAUAUGUUUUAAUCAGAGUUCUUCUAACAAUCAACCGUAUUCAGGUCGCGUACAGAUAGAUCAACCAAAUAAAGAAACUGAUUUCCUCAAAACUAACAAUGACUUGAUUUAUGCUUCAGUUGAUAAAACUUCUGGAGGUGUUUCUGAAGCUCUUCGCCCAGCCUCUGAAGCAUUAUUACAUGACAUUCCAUUUGUUGGUAAAGAUUCAGUUGUAGUCCAAGAAAUUUCUUACAAUGAGAUCAUUGCAAAGGGAUGUUCAGUGGUAACUGGUAUCCAGUCAAAGCAGGAACAAGUAGAAAAUCGACUUUAUAACCAGGGUGCUGGGGAUAUUCCAAAAUAUGUGAAUCUUGAACCAUCACUAGCAAUGGACUGGCUUGAGAUAUCAUGGGAUGAGCUGCGGAUCAAAGAACGCAUUGGUGCUGGAUCAUUUGGGACAGUGUACCGUGCUGAAUGGCAUGGAUCAGAUGUUGCCGUCAAAGUUUUAUCAGUUCAAAAUUUCCAUGACGAUCAGUUGAAAGAGUUUUUACGAGAGGUUGCAAUAAUGAAACGUGUCCGCCAUCCAAAUGUGGUGCUUUUCAUGGGUGCGGUUACAAAACGUCCUCAUCUAUCUAUAGUGACAGAGUAUUUGCCUAGAGGUAGUUUAUUCCGCCUGAUUCACAGGCCGGCAUCCAGUGAAAUGCACGAUCCAAGGAGAAGAUUACGAAUGGCUCUAGACGUGGCUAAAGGGAUCAAUUAUCUCCACUGUCUGAAGCCUCCUAUCGUGCACUGGGAUCUCAAAUCUCCAAACCUGUUAGUAGACAAAAAUUGGAAUGUGAAGGUGUGUGAUUUUGGGUUGUCCAGAUUUAAGGCAAAUACUUUCUUGUCAUCAAAAUCUGUUGCUGGAACGCCUGAGUGGAUGGCUCCAGAGUUUCUUCGUGGAGAACCUACAAACGAGAAGUCUGAUGUUUACAGUUUUGGUGUCAUCCUGUGGGAACUAGUGACCUUACAACAACCAUGGAAUGGACUUAGCCAUGCCCAGGUGGUUGGAGCCGUCGCAUUUCAGAAUAGGAGACCUUCUAUCCCUCCAAACGUCUCCCCAGUAUUGGCCUCCCUUAUGGAAUCCUGUUGGGCUGAUAACCCUGCUGAUCGCCCAUCUUUUGCCAGCAUAGUUGAGACCAUAAAGAAGCUGCUGAAGUCACCAGCGGAUGCGAUAAAAAUGGGUGGAACGUAACGAGCAUGCCUGCCGUGAUUGGGUGGAGUGGACCAUAAGGAGCAUGCCGCCCAUGAUCGGAGUUUCUGUCGCUAAAAUUUGUUUGCUAUGUAUGGAAAUGUUAAUUAACAAGUAACCUGACCCUUGUUGGUCAUAAACUAGUAUUGAUGAAACCUUUUUGGUUGUUUGCAACUGGAUAUCAGUUGUUUCAUGCUAACACAUUUCAUAAGGGCAAUUAAAGCAAUGAAGUCCAGUAACUGAAAAAAAAGGUGCGAAUUUGGGAUUCUUGUAAGUGGUUUUUGGACCUCAAGCUCGUUUAUCUUGUAGCUUGAGAUCUAUAAAAUAUUAAUAUUCAAGCACUUGUGUCUUGUUUGUUCUGGCUUUUAGGCCUAUAAUUAUGUAAUAAUGAUUUUGAAAACGUGAAUUACUUAUUUUGGCAACCAUUAUCUCAUAGUAUUCCAUUUGAUUA